GGCGGACGCCUCAUGGCUGCCGUGGGCUGCAUCGUGAAGCUGGGGGGUAGCGCACUGACGGAGAAGAACCAGCUGGAGACGCUGCGGGCCGAGUCCCUGCCGCGGGCCGCGGGCAUCGUGCGGGGGCUGUGCGGGGCCGGCGCCGGAAGCUGCAUUGUGGUGCACGGAGCAGGCUCCUUUGGGCAUUUCCAAGCGAAGGCAAAUGGCGUGGCCUCAGGAUCGCCAGCGGGCUCGGCCGGGAGCGAGGCCCUGCGACAAGGGCUGUGUCUGACCAGGCUCUCCGUUACGAAGCUGAACCACCUGGUGACGGAGCAGCUGGUAAAGUGCGGCGUCCCAGCGGUGGGCAUUUCGCCCUUUGGCGCCUGGAGGACAGCAGGCAAGAAAGUCAGCCAGGCUGGCAUUUCUGCCAUAAGGGACGCCUUGGAUGCUGGCUACAUCCCGGUCGUGCAUGGGGACUGUGCUCUGGACUCUGAACAGCACUGCUGUAUCUUAUCAGGGGAUGCUAUCAUCGAGGUUCUGUCCAGGGAAUUCUCCCCCCAGCGAGUGGUUUUCUUGACCGAUGUCAGUGGAAUCUAUGACCGUCCACCUGAUACCCCAGGUGCCAGACUGGUGGAUUCCAUUUCCGUCGGCCCUGAUGGAAGCAUGGACCCCCCUGUGCUCACAUCUGCCCUGCCACAUGAUACCACUGGGGGAGUCUCCCUGAAGUUACUGGCUGCGGUCAACAUAGUCAUCCAGAGUCACGGAGCCAUCCCAGUGCUGAUCUGCAAACUGGACAGCGAAGCCGCUGAAAGAGCAUGUUUAACUGGGGAGCUGGGAGUGGGCGAGGGCACGAGACUCUCCCUUGCAACAGCCUGAAGAAGCUGUCUCUGUAGUAGCCUGUUGGACAGGGGGAUUUGUCAUCAACUUGUUCCAGUUGGGCCCCAGUAUCCACUCCAUGAUUUAUCCAUGUCACCGGCGACUCCAGCUAAACCAUCCGGUGGCAGAGGACUCCUUCAUCAUUCACUGGCAAUACACAGAUCCUAGUCUGCAUUUUAAUGCAUCUGUUCUCCAGCCCAGGUCUGACCUGAAUGGUGGAUAAUCCUCUGCUAAUGUUUCUUACGUAUGUCUUCACUUAAAGAGGCACAUAAAGCCAUGUAGCAGGCAGCCAGCUGGGAAAUGGGCUCAGGCUUUUCAGCUGAGGAUUAAUAAAUUAAUAUUAGCUCAGCAAUUUGGGGCUGUAAAGUGCUGUGCAAGUGCUAAAUAUUUUAGUAUGAUAUAGAGGGGACUUUGAUGUGGAUCCUCAGGUUAUCUGAUUCAUUCUAGACCAUGGUGUCUGAAAUUCCAUUCUGCUGCUGGAAGCUGCCCUAGAAACACUUCUAUAUGAAGUGUCAGUGCCAAAAUUUCAGACUUGGGUGCUUAAAGUUAAGCGCCUAUGUUCAUAUUUGGGCACCUAAUUAAGUAGUCUAGCUACUCACAGUUCUGUUUGUCGGUCUAGAUGCUUGUAUGGCCCCCAAUACGCGAGUGUGUGAGUGCUGCACAGAUACUAACGUAACCCUUGCAAUUUCCAUGUGAAGCAGUUCAGUAUUAACCCAGCUUUACAGAUGGGAAACUGAGAUGCAGAGAGAUUAAGGUCAGACUUUUCAAAACAACUCAGCACCCAAUAUUGGGGCCGGUUUUUCAAAAGAGCUGAACAUGUUGGCUGCUGACCACUUUUGAAAACCUGGCCCUUACUAAAGAGAAGUAGUAUCAUCCAUAAGUUAUUUUCCAAUUUUGCAACUUUUAAGGUCAUGUUCACUGGUGCGCGCUGACUGCAUUAUGCCACUCUGGAGCAGCACAGAGCAGCCAGAAUUUACUGGCUCGCUAAAUAGGUGCUUUGCAUUACCACAGCAGAGCAAAGAAGGUGGAGUGUAUACCUCAGAUUUCCUCUGCCUCCUGCCCUCAAAAUUCCCCCAGCCUCUUGUACCCCAUAUUUCUCUGCACACACACACACAUAUACUUUCCCUCUUCCUCCUACCCCUUCUGUUGAACAGAUCUUUGCAAAGACUGACUUUUGAGGAGAAAUAUUUAGGAUUAAUGGUCAUUUUUGGCCACACUUUUUCAUAACGGAACGUUUUCAGUCAACAGAGGCCUCUUCUAGCUCCUCAGUUAGACAGGCAGGCGGCUGCUGUCUAGAACCUGGAGGUGGCUCCGUUCCAACAUGCCUGCUUCCCUCUGUGAUAGGGUGUUCACCCCACACUUGCCCUGAGAGGGUUAAGGCAGACUGAGAAGGGGGCUAAUUAACCCAACAGGCCACAGUGGAGAGGAAUCAGGUGGCUAAGCAAUCCUGGUUGAAUGAGGAGGCCCAGCUGAGGACUAUAAAGGCAGAAAAUUGGCAGCAGAAAGGAGCUGCUGGGGAAGUCUGUAGUCCCUCCCUGGCAGAAGGGAGGAGUGUUUGGAGGCUACAGGCACAGUAGCCCAAAGUUACUCCCUGGGAGGGGGGAGUUAUGCGGUUGGCAAACCCAGCUGGGGGGAGUGCUAGAUGGUAGGAGAGGGCUCAGAGACAGGCCGUAAGGUCUAGAAGGGAACAGGCCUCGGCUACCAGCUAGAGGGUCCCCAGAAUAGAGGGCAGGCCCUGGUUCCCCUGCCAGCCGCUGAGGGAGUGGAACUAGGAGGCAGUGAAUGGGAAGCCUGCCUAGGACUGCUGGCGAGGAAAGACUUCCCAACCCCAGAAGGGGAAGGUGCGGAUAGUGACCUGGCUGGAGGGCUAAGUCACGAAGAGGCAGCAGCAACUCAUGGAGCAAGAGAGGGGCUGCAGAGGCAGAGCGAUGGUGUGCAACUGCAGGAAGGGGCCUUGAUCUGGAGAGCUAUUCCUCAGAAUGACCAGGAGGAGGUGCCAACCGAGCAGUGAGUGGGGCACCCCCCUCACAUCCUCCCCUCCCAGCUCACUUUGUAAAGCAGGGCAUCCUAGUUGGCCACAGAGGAGGCUGAGCUGGUUAUAGUGGAGACUGGGCCCCUGCCAUGUUGAGGUACAAGGGAGAGGAGCUGGGAAGACCAGGCCCUGGAGAGGGGAAUGAGGGGACCUGGCCACUGAGGGAAGCUUGGGGGACACAGGCUUGGGAGAGCUUUUGGAACGGCAGCUGGGGACAAAAUCUCGGCAGGGAGCCUUGAGGCGAGU